AUGAAAGAUAUCUGUGUUAUUGAAAUUUCACCAGAACAACAAUAUGUUCGAUAUCUAAUAUUAGCUACUGCUUUUAGUGCCCGUCAUUUGAAAAGUACAAGUGAAUAUAUUAAUAAAUUAAAAUCAAAUGAUCCUUAUCUAAGUAAUGAAUGUCUUGAUGGUUCAAGAUGGCAUGAUACGGAUAUAGGUCAUCUUGUUUUACAUUUAAUGGGUGUUGAAAUGCGUUCAGGAAUAUUUCAAGAUCCACCAUCACGAAAACAUAUGACAUUAGAUGAUCUUCCACAUAAAAAAAAUGUAGAAGAACAAACAAAUAUUGAAGUUGAAAAAGAAUUUAUUAAUUUACCAAGUGAUCCAAAAUCACCAGUUUAUAAAGAACAAAAAGUUAAUUAA